AUGACCAAGGCUAAUCUCGAGCAGGACUCUGCUGUGAAGCGCGGCAAGCGCCCACAGAGAGAACCCUCCGGCCUCAAUGAAGACUCAUUGAGGGACCAGGACAAUGAAGAGGACAUUGGUCCGAUUCAUUCCCUGACUUCUCGGAAACGACGUCGUCGGGUCAUUGUUGACUCCGAUGACGACUCCGAAGAAGAGGCCGGCCCGUCAAUGCUGAAGGGUCCUUCGGUGGUUGAUAAAGUUCUUCCCUCUGUAGAGGGCAACGAACUCGGGCUGGAUGACUAUGACGAGAUUGAUGCCAUUCUGGACUUUCAACUCGAUAUUGUCGAUGACAUCGGUGAAGUUGGGGACGAUGAAUUCAUCCCCGGUCCCGAUGACAUUGAAGAGGGUGAUGACGACUCCGAGGAGGUUGUACUUCCAACGACUAGUCCCACUCCCCCCACCCAGGUGAAUGACAGAUUUGCACAGAUAUUGCGCGACGUCGUCACCCGCUUAGUGGAAUGGGCAAAGGGUCACGACUUUUAUAAGUUGGACCCAAAGGACAGACCCAUGACCUUUGGUUAUUGGACUCUGCUGUGCCGGGUGUCUGUCGACUUCCUGGUCUCCUUAUAUUUGCCCGCGAUACCUAUCCAGGUUCAAGACCUUAUUGCGAAAAGCGAAUGGUCACUUGAGGACUUUGCGUCCUUUCCACGGGUGGGAUCAGAUAAACGCCAGGGCAUCUAUGGUGAUUUUGCCAAGGGUGCACUGCGUGGGCCUUCAGACAUGGAUGUCUAUGUUGGUUCAGCGCGUCGUCUGAAACCUCGGACUGGCUGUCAUACGAAUCUGGCCGAGAACUACACGGUUCAGACUCUGCCUGAUCGCCAUAAGAGAAGCUUCCAUUAUCGGCAGAUCUGUCGAGAGGGAGUGGAGGUGGAUUUCCGGAGGUGUGCAGCCUUCGGGACACCAAUUCCGGGGGGAUAUUUGUUGUUGUUGGAGGGGAUCUUUAUGAUCCUCUUCGACACGUAUCAAUAUCCUGGAUACGUUUCGGCCUGGGCCACACGGUCGUCGUAUCGACUGGUUAAGGAGAUCAGAGAAUCUCUGAAUCUUCCAUCAGUUCCUUGGCGUGGGAUGAACGCGGCUUGGCCGCUGCGACAGGGUUUCUAUAACGAAGUCGCAAGGUCCAUGUCACAGUGCUGUAACCCGGCCUGUGAUAAGAUGACCUAUCCCGAAGCGUUGCGUCCAGAAGGUGCGCCCAAAUACGUACGCCAGAAUGGAAAUCCGGGCGAUCCCCUUGGCCCAUAUCUCUGCGACUUUUGCGGUAGAUACCGGGAGUGGCACAAGGGGAAACUCCCAGAUGCUGAGGUGCUUGCAAAGGUUGCAGCACGCAAGGCUGCUCGGGAGGCUGCGGGAGGGGGUUCAGACGUGCCCUGUGCAGACUGUGGUCGGUUGGAGUCCCAGCUACCACUGCAUCGCAGUGUUCUAAGGGAUGGGCGGGUAGUCCAUUACCAGCGAACAUUCCGGAUCCAUGGAAAGCUCCCUGGAAAGCUUCUGUGUGAGGCUUGUUGGUUUUUCUUCGAUAAAAAUGGAAGAAUGCGAACACCCAAGGAGCGAGAGCAGUUACUCGCCGUUCAAACAUCUGUCGCCAUUCGGGAGGCAGGUGGUGAACUUUUAUGCGAGAAUCAACACUGCAAGGCCCCAGAGGUAGCAGGCCAGCGUCACCAUAUUGCAAAUAGUGCAACUGGCCAAUCGUCUGUGGUAACAGCGAUUGCGGGAAUGUCGAAGCGCCUAAUGCGAGUAAUUCGACUAGACACCGAGUUAACGAGGAGCUCGGUGUCGUUCUAUGCAGUAAGUGUCAAAGGCGCAGGUUGCCCAGCGCCAGGGCAGCGUCCAGUACCUAGGUCUUGUAAGAUUUAG